UAUCUCUUCAUAGAUUUCUCUUAGAAAUCAAUUUUUCUUAAACUAUUAGAGUUGUUUAACUGAAGUAAAUAUUACAAAAUUUAUUAAAAUUAAGAAACAGUUUUGUUUCAUAAUUACGAGUGUCAACAUUUCUUACGUAGUGUUUGUUUAUAUCUAAAAUAAGGUUACGUGAUACUUUAUAAAUAUAACCAUAUUUUUGGAUAUUUCGAAACAAAUGUGGAUUUUCAUUUAUAAUUAAUUUUAUUGUAUAUAGAAGACGUAUUGGAGAAGAGAAAAUGUAUUCAUUAUAAUUCAAUAUAAUUUUAAGUACUUAAUAAAAUGAAACCAUCGAUUUUCGUUGAAAAUGAGUCGGUGCUACUUGUAGGAGAAGGAAAUUUUUCAUUUUCCGUAGCGUUAUGUCAACUUAACCUUAAAAUAAACUUAAUAGCUACGUGCUAUGAAUCCGAUAUAUCUCACGAAGCUGGAAAGAAAAACAUAGAAUAUCUUAAAAGACAUGGCAUCUGUGUAUUGCUGGGGAUAGAUGCAACUAAAUUAAUGGAAAAUCCUAUUUUGAAAAAGGAAUCCUUUGAUAAAAUUAUUUUUAAUUUCCCUCAUGUUGGUGGUAAAAUGAGAAUAGAAAAAAACAGAGAGUUAUUAAAACAAUUUUUUAUAGAAAUUGAAAAGUUAAAUAAUCCUAAUGUAGAGGUAUUGAUAACUCUUUGUAAUGGUCAAGGUGGAACACCUAUGGAUGAGCCUAAAAGAAAUUGGAAUGAUUCAUGGAAAGUUACAGAAAUGGCAGCACAUGGAAAUUUUAUAUUAACUAAGAUAGAUCCAUUUCUGUGGUCGUAUUUUCCAAUCUAUGUAGUUACAGGAUAUCGUAGUCUACAAAAACAAUUUCAUACUACUAAUGCAUUAACUCAUUUUUUCAAAAGGUCAGAGCCACCUAAUUAUCAAAAUAUAUCCCCAAAAAAUAAAAUUGAUAUUGUUACAUGCGAUAUAGAUAAUUUUUUAAGAAAAGAUGUAUUUCAUAUAUCAAACAAAUUAUCGAAUUUAAAAAUUUGGUGCAUAUAUCCACCAGCAUUUACCUUUGAUAUAACUAUUUGUGUCACAGAAGAUUUUAAUCCAUUAAAAUUUUAUACUACUUUAUAUAAUCAUGCAGGUUGUAUUGUGGAUGAAAUUAAUUUUAUUGGGUCCUAUAUAUCUCCAUCCAAAGAGAAAAUCACAAAAACUUAUAGAAUAACUUACAAAUCUUACAUAGUGCCUCUAUAUAGACAAAGAGUUAUUCAAAUGCAUCAAAAUUUAAUUCCCAAUAUUUUAGAGAAAAACCUUAAUAUUGUAAUAGUGAGAUAAAAUAAAUUCAGUGCAUUUAAAGAUGCAUUGCUUUUAUAAUCUGAAAAAUAUUUCUAUCCAUGUGACUCCAAAAUUUCAUCUAAUAUCAAAUAAUGUAGUUGGAAAUAUAAAAAUACACAAACUGAUAGAUAAAAGAAUAUAUCAACCAUUUUAUACAAAUACUUAUCAUUGUGAUGAUAGUUAUCAUGCAAAUGCUACGCGUAGUAAAAAGCCUAAAACAUCAGGCAAUGCAACACAAUAUUUUGUGGAUUUAAAACAGAUAAGAGUCAUGGGUGGAAAGGGUGGUGAUGGAAAUAUAUCGUUUCUGCAAUUAUGGAAAAAUGACCAUGCAGGACCUGAUGGAGGAGAUGGUGGACAUGGUGGGCAUGUGAUUUUUCAGGUUUCAAGUAAUGUUAAAGAUCUUAAACAUAUAAAAAGUGUCUUAAAAGCAGAAGAUGGAGAAGAUGGUUCUUGUAAAAAUUGUUAUGGUAAAAAUGCUAGUCAUAACAUUAUACCAGUUCCUGUUGGAACUAUAAUACGUAACAUUAAAGGAACAAUAUUAGCUGAUUUGGAUCAGGAUAAUUCAAUGUUUAUUGCUGCACGAGGAGGUGCAGGUGGUCAUGGAAAUACUUUUUUUACUUCUGAUACUCAGCAAUCUCCAAAAAUUUGUGAAUAUGGAGCAGAUGGUGAAGAUUUGCAAUAUGUAUUGGAAGUAAGAAGUAUGGCUCAUGUUGGACUUAUUGGUCUUCCAAAUGCUGGUAAAAGUACACUUUUAAGAGCUAUAUCUAGAGCUAGACCAAAAGUAGCAUCUUAUCCAUUUACAACUUUGAAACCUCAUGUGGGUAUAAUACCAUAUGAUGAUUAUGAACAAGUUACAGUGGCAGAUUUACCUGGACUUAUAGCUGAUUCUCAUAAGAAUAAAGGUCUUGGAAUAACAUUUCUUAAACAUGCAGAACGUUGUGCUAUUCUAUUAUUUGUUAUAGAUCUUUCUCUUGAUGAACCUUGGCAAGCAUUAGAAAUAUUAAGAUAUGAAAUUAAUCAAUUCAACAAAAAUUUAAAUAAUAGAUCUUUUAUUGUUAUUGCUAAUAAGAUGGAUUUGCCUGAAGCUAAGGAAAAUCUACGAUUGUUAAAAGAGAAGAUUGAUAUGCCUAUUAUACCUAUAUCUGCAAAAGUAGGUAUUAAUAUAUCUACUUUGUUGAAAGAAAUUAGGAUAUUGUAUGAUGAACUAAAAGAAAAAACGACAAAUCAAUGAAUAUAAAUGAAAUCUUUAUAUAACUUAACAUAUGUUUAUUAAUACAUAAUUGUAAAAAUAUUCAUAAAAAUGAGAAUAAUUCACUCUUUUAUCAUAUCUUUAAACUUUCAGUGUUUCUGUACAGAAAUGAAAAUCUUUUACUACAGCUUUCACUUCUGAUUGAUUAAGCAUUGUAGAAAACCAUCUAUUUAAAUUCGUAUAUUGUUUUCUUACUUCCGAAGUUAAAACGUGUUCGUACAAUGGUAACAGAGUACUGAAUAUCAUAAUAUCCGCGAGAGAAAUUCUUUCAUUAACGAAAUAUGUUUUUCUAAGUAAUAUAUUAUUUAAUUUCUUUAAUGAAUUCAAUGCAUCUUCUUUUGAAGUUUUCCCAUCUAAUUUAAUAUUUUUUGGUAAUGUUAUUCGAGAAGACGAUAAAAUCCAACCUGUAACUGCUGGUAAAAGAUGAUUAUCCGUGUAACUUAUCCACUGUAGUACUUCACAAAAAGCAAAUAAAUCAUUUUCACAUUUUAAA